UGGGUUUCAUUUCUGAAGAUUUUUCAUCAGAUUGGUUGAGAUCCGACCAUAUAUCGAGUCAAUAUCUUUAGGGUUCAGAUUCUGGGUUUCAUGAUUUCCUGCAAGAAGAUCGAAUUUUUCAGGCGAAGAACAAGGGAUUCUCGCCGACAACUCGUAUAAGAUUAUUGAAAUUCAAGUCUAUUGGUCUUAUAAGAGCUUCUCAGUGACCGGAUUGGACUUUCAAGUUCAGCAUUUCUGAUUGUUCCGUUCUGUUUUCAUCAUUCUUUUAAAGCUUUGAAGAAUUGGCUGGAAUUGAUUGUCAAAAUCUGCAAUUACUGAAGAGAAAAUGCAGUCCAGAACCCGAGUCUGUGAUGCUGAAAUCUACUCAUGCGACUUCGAUCAAAUUCCGGAUUCUCUUGUUCUCAUAAUCCUCAACAAGCUUGCUGACAUUAGGUCUCUUGGCCGCUGCUCUGCAGUUUGCAAGCGGUUAAACUCCCUUGUGCCCUUAGUUCAAGAUGUCUAUAUCAAGAUUGACGAAGUCGUAACCAUCAAUGGAGACAAUGAUGAGAGCCCAUACUGUUCUUCCCAUAAACCUCGUAACAUCAUCUCCAACAUUCUCAAGUACAUGUUCUUUAGCCUCAUGAAACCUUUUCACAAUAUGCGUAACAGCAACAACACAAACAAAACACUUCUUCCACAAGUAUCUCAAAGCACCCUUGAUCAAGUCCUAAAGAAUUUCCAUCACAUACAGAACCUAUGGAUUGAAUUGCCAGCUGCAGAUGUUUGUACUGAAGAUGGAGUUGUUCUAAAAUGGAAAGCCGAAUUUGGUAGUACCCUACAAAACUGUGUUAUUUUAGGAGGUACCCAGAUAGAUUGGAAGCCAGUUACAGAACAAGGAUUGCUUGAAGACAAUGGCAUACCUGAAUCAUUUUACACGAAUGGGGGUUUGAAAUUACGUGUAGUGUGGACGAUUAGCUCAUUGAUUGCUGCUUCGACGAGGCAUUAUUUACUGGAACCGAUUAUUAGAGACCAUCCAACACUGAAGACUGUUGUUUUCACGGAUGCUGAUGGGCAGGGGACCCUUAGCAUGAGCGGCGAGCAAUUGAGGGAGUUCAAAGAGAAGCCUUUGGCCGCUUCAGCAUCUUCAAAGCGGACCCAAGUUCCAGCUUCAAACAUGAAAUUGAGAUACGCUCCAUAUUUGGAGCUCCCAGAAGGAAUUGGAAUGCAAGGAGCAACAUUAGUGGCCAUCAAGCCAUCCGGAGAAGGCAGCGGGACAAGUAAGAAGGAGGUGGAGGCAUUUGUUUCUGGAGCAUUUGACGGGCCAUUCAAGGCAGCUGUAAAGACAUUGGUGAAACGGAGAACAUACCUUUUGGAGAUGAAUGGAUUCUAGACUCGUCUCACACACUUUAUUCACAGUUUGGUUCUUAAACUUUGUUUUAGGUAAAAUUAAGUCAGAAUCUUCAUCAAAUCUUCUACAAUCUGUAAUUUUUUAUGGAAAAAGAAAGUCCAUUGAUUCUGUUCUGGAGAAGAAUUGUAUUUCCUGCCUUUUCAGGUGUGUCCCGGCUCUCUUCUGUAGUUCUGUUGCCUCUCUGUUCUCUGCUUCUAUGUACAGUAAGAAUGGUUUGAUUGUAUUUGUUUAUAUAAUCUUUUAAUAUUUAUAUAUAUGAGUACUGUUGU